GACUCGUCUGUAUUUUCUCGUCCGUCAAACGUACAGCAUCGCCACAAAAUAUGUCAUUUUUACUCCUAAUAAGACAAUACACUAUUUUUUCUGGUAAAAUUUUAGUAUGACAUCAUGGGAUGUGGCUAAGCUGACUGUAAGACUCGGAGACCACAAUAUCAAGACUAACUCAGAAGUUAAUCACAUAGAAAAACGAGUUAAACGAGUUGUGAGACACAGGGGAUUUGAUUCCAGAACGCUGUACAACGAUAUAUCUAUAUUGACUUUGGACAGUCCAGUCCAAUUUUCGAAUGUGAUCAGACCAAUUUGCUUGCCCUCAGCAGGCGGUAGGGAUCUGGCAGGAUCUACAGGAACCGUCAUUGGAUGGGGCAGUAUUAGGGAAAGCGGUCCACAACCAGCCGUAUUACAAGAAGUAAACAUCCCAAUCUGGUCAAAUAGGGAUUGUAAACAAAAGUAUGGUGCUGCCGCCCCUGGAGGGAUUGUUGAGCACAUGGUGUGUGCCGGGCAAGCAAAUAGGGACUCCUGCAGCGGUGACAGUGGAGGUCCGCUAAUGGUCAAUCAUGGUAAAUGGACGCAAAUUGGCAUAGUGUCUUGGGGCAUUGGAUGCGGAAAAGGGCAAUAUCCUGGAGUAUAUACGAGGGUCCAGUCAUUCCUGCCAUGGAUAAUGAAGAAUUUAAAUAAGUGAAGUUUGGGGCGGUUUUGUGACAUAAAAUUUAUUUAUAUUAUUGUAUAGAAUCCGAAAAAAAAUGAAUAA